AUGUCUAAGAGAGGUCGUGGUGGAGCUUCUGGUAACAAAUUCCGUAUGACCUUAGGUUUGCCUGUUGGUGCAGUGAUGAACUGUGCUGAUAAUUCUGGAGCCAAAAAUUUAUACGUUAUCUCAGUUAAAGGUAUUCAUGCUAGAUUGAAUAGAUUACCUGCAGCUGGAGUUGGUGAUAUGGUUAUGGCAACUGUUAAAAAAGGAAAACCUGAUUUAAGAAAAAAAGUUAUGCCUGCUGUUGUUAUUAGGCAACGAAAACCUUGGAGAAGAAGAGAUGGUGUUUUUCUAUAUUUUGAAGAUAAUGCUGGUGUUAUUGUAAAUCCAAAAGGAGAAAUGAAAGGUUCAGCUAUUACAGGUCCAGUGGGGAAGGAAUGUGCAGAUCUUUGGCCACGUAUAGCUUCUUCAUCUGGAACUGUGGUAUAA